UUAAUAGGAUCAAUUAUAACUGUUGAAUCAAUUGUUUUGCAGUUUCCAGCUUUGAGAGACUUUGUUAGUUUAGGAAAACCAGUUUGGGGGACCUGUGCUGGACUCAUUUUCCUUGCAAAUAAAGCUACUGGCCAAAAGUUGGGUGGUCAAGAGCUUAUUGGGGGGCUGGAUUGCACUGUUCACCGAAACUUUUUUGGUAGUCAGAUUCAGAGCUUUGAAACUGAGCUUGUAGUUCCUAAGCUUGCUGAGCAGGAAGGUGGUUCUGAUAGAUGUCGUGGAGUGUUUAUACGUGCACCAGCCAUUUUAAAGGCUGGGCCAGAUGUUGAAGUACUAGCA